CACACAUCCAAUCCACGAAUGCAUGCGACGUUGGAUUCACUACCGGAAGAGAUUCUAUCCGCCAUUCUGCGCACUCUACUCGCUCUUCUUCAUCCCGAGAAACCACCACCUUGGCAUCAGGCAUCUCGAGCCUGUGGUGUGCCAUUGUCGAGUACUUCACGGGAGCUCAGGGUAAAGACUUUGCCCUGGGUCUUUCACGAAACCACCAUCCGACACUCUCACACUUGGCCCGCCAACUUAUUGCAUUAUCCUAUCAAAGUGCAUCUUCUCAACGGGACACCGGCCCCGCCACAUCCACUUCUGUCGCUCAUGAGCUCUGGCUCUUUUUCGGCUCUCACAACUCUCACUGUGUGUCUGCAGACGGUCCUCCCCGUCGAAUUUUUUUCUGACGUGGCUUCGAUUUCCCUCCGCCAUUUGGAAAUCUACCGGUUGCGUCUAGAUGCAGCCCCGCCUCCUCUUGACCUGUGUUUCCAACAACUUGCAACUCUUGUGUUAUGUAUUGGCGGCUCCCAUGGCACUCGUCGUGACAAGGGUAUCGACAGAGAGUGCGAAUGGCAAAACAUCACUCUGCUUCUAAACUGCGCCUGCAAAUGCGUCGAAGACCUCUCCAUUUCCGGCGACCUUCUUUCUCUACACUUCCCUGAGAUCAAGUGGAAGAGGUUGAAGCAUUUCAGUGUAACCGACCACCCGCCGCGUUCUCCAUUGUCGCUCUCAGCCCUAGUGGGCGGUAUGCCACUGCUGACCACCUUUGGCCUGCUCUAUACGCCUCACCUGCGUGCACGACGGCUUCCCCCGUAUUCGCUGAAACACGAGGGGAAUGCAUUCGACCUCAUACCGAAUCUCGUCGCGUGUUCUCUGUCCAACAUUGCCCCAGAAGACCCCGUGUUUGGAUACCUUCCCACGACGCUCGAGUGCUUACAUGUGCGGGCGCUGUGGGACAUCUACGACCCCAAGGUCCGCAGAUCUAGACUACCCUACCACGUCCACAAGCUGCUCGAUGAUCUUGGCGACUGUCCUUUGCCAAGCGCUGGUCCGGGGACAAGCUCUGUUAUAGCGUGCAAAUCAGAGUGGCCGAUGUUAACGACUCUUUCCCUCACCGUUUCAGAACGAGGGCCCGGGUCUGACCUAUUGCCAACUCUCAUCCAAAGGACACCACAUCUUCGCUCGCUGGAGCUCAAUUACAGGCCAGGAGACAUCGAGCGCCGCAUUUUUGCAUUCCUUUUCAUUGACCCAUGGAGAGUGCUGAUCACCUUGAAACAGUUUCAAUUCCUCACACACCUAACAUUUGGCAUCACAUACGACACACUCGAACACAACCCGGGCCCGCCAGCCCAUGCUGCAUAUGAUGUGCUUGUGGCGAUUCCCACGCUCCAGACGGUAACCUACAGGUUCACUGGCUAUCUCGAUGGCAGCAUCGUUCAGCCGUUGGAGUACACAUGGGGCCGCGACAUGCUCUUCCUCCCGCGUCCGCCGAGGCGAGUCCAGCGAGAGCGGUCCACCGAACGGACGGUAUGGUCAGAACUGGAAGACUCGGGAUCAGACUACUAG